AUGGCGUCGUUGGAUCUGAAGACAAAAGCAAGAGAGGCGUUCAUAGAUGACCAUUUUGAACUCGCCGUUGACCUAUACUCUCAGGCCAUUGCUUUGAGCCCUAACACAGCCGAGCUUUUCGCCGACCGUGCUCAGGCCAACAUCAAACUCCUAAACUUUACUGAAGCCAUUUCUGAUGCGAACAAAGCAAUUGAGUUGGACCCCUCAAUGGCCAAAGCAUAUCUGCGUAAGGGUGUGGCAUGUAUUAAGCUUGAAGAAUUCCAAACUGCUAAGACAGCGUUGGAAACUGGUGCUUCUUUGGCACCGGAAGAUUCGAGGUUUGUUAACUUGAUUAAGGAAUGCAAUGAGCACAUAGCAGAGGAAGCUGGAGAAGUGCUUAAGCAAUCAGUUGACGAAGGACCAUAUAAUGUGACUCCUAGAUCAGAAUUGUUGGGUCAAGGUUCUGUGACUCUGAGUGAUGCUUCUGGAGCUAUUAGUUUGUCCAAUGCAGCGAUCAUCCUUGUCACUCCUCCAAGGACUGGUGAUUUAAGGGAAUCCUUGAAGUAA